AUGAAACACCUUACUGCAUCUUCCAUACUCGUGGUCUUCUUCCUAACUCCAUCUCUGGCCCUCAGGAACAUCAGUGACAGCCAUCCUCUGGAUGGAUCUGUUGGGACCCAACUCAUCCAUAUCAACGCCUUCCGAGGUACGGUCAGCAUCCGAGACAACAAUGUUUUGAGUCAAUGGGAUGGAAUCUUGGACUACAAGAAUGCCCUCUUUGUGGCUAAGCUGUUUAGUGUGAUGGCCUGUGUUCUUGCCAAGAUGGACCAAGCAAUCUUCCCAAGUUUGGAUGACAUUGGCAUGGCCCUACGCAGGCAGGAUUCCAGUCAUUACCCAUCCACCCACGGCCUGACCUAUACUGUUUUACCUAGCCGGAUCAAGAAUUUAGCUCAGUAUGGAAUUCUCAUCAAGGACCUGUGCAGAGAUGUCCCCACCUACUUUGCUCAUCAACAGAAAGAAGGUACUGCCCUGGCAGUYGACCCUACUUCCUGUUUUGCAAUCCAGCUUCUAUCUUUUAUGGGACUCUCCAUCUGUGGUGAGAUUCCUGGACUCUGA